AUGGAGGAGGCCUUGUGCGAGGAAAUUGAUCGAAUUGACUGCUCGCCCUUUACCGACCAGGUAGAACGAGCUCCGCCGCCGAAGCGGUUUACAACGCCAUCCAUCACUCCAUUCAAGGGGGACUCUGACCCUGAGAGCCGCAACUUCAAGGAGUUCGCCCUCAUUUUCACAAAUGAGUACACCUCCUACAAGAAGGUCAAAAAGCAUGCGGACCAUCUGUUCAAUCUGCGCAAGAAGCCAGACGAGUCUCUACCAGACUACCUGAGACAGUUUAAGGCUGAGAAGGCUAACAUCAUAGGAUGCAAUGACCAACCAGCCGAGCACGAGCUAUACCGGGAGCUGGCCAUAACUCCAAGCCAAACCCUGGCGGAAGUGUUCGCGACGGCAGAGCGCUACGCACUUUGGGACGAUGAUCGUAUCGCCGCAAAUAAGCCAGCAAGCAAGUUGACCACCCGACGAAGCAGGCAAGCCAAAAGAGCAACAAGUUCGAGCAAAAAGCCCAGGAUAAGCACAGAUCGCGGCCCCAAGAGGGAAGCUCAGAAACAGGGACCUUCACUGAGUUCGCUAUCCUAA